UAGCUCCAAGAGGUUCUCUCUUGAGUAGCCUCUUUCUCCACCUUCAAAAGAAUCAUAUUUUUCUUUCUGAUUUUUGUCCAAGUGUUUAUGGAAUCAAGAAUCUGGACUAAUCUACCAUAUUUUAUCACUUGUAGCCAUCUACACAUGAAGUAUUUGAAUCUGGAAAUUAUUUUAAGUUUAAAGAAACAUCACUUACUGUAAAAGUCAAUCUUUUUAGACAUGGCUGAACAUGGACUUGCACCUACUCUUACUGAAAUACCUCCUAUAGUUCCAGUUAUCAAUGGGGACUCCAUGCAACAGAUGGAGAAUUAUCAUCUGGACACCACUGUUGGAACACAGUAUACUACAAAUUAUUCACAAAUGAUGACUCAUCCCAAGAGAUAUACAAGAUGGCCUUCUUGUCCACAAUACUGGAUACAACAAAUUAUAUUGGUGCAAGUUAACCCUGGGGAGACCCUCACCCUCAAGUCUGAUGAUGGGAAUAUUCAGAAUAUCCAAGGACCCGCUGAUGUACCUCUAAUGUCACCAAGUGGCACUUUGCCACCAAUAUAUCUUCCUCCUGGUUACAUGUCUCAGGUUUCUGAUAUUCAAACAAGAUCUGCUGUUAUUUCAUGGAAACUACAUGGUUCUAAGAAGUGUAAUCACACCAAAUCUCCUGUGACAUUUGAACUGGCAAUAUCUAACAGUGAUUAUGUUCACAGUGGUGAUGGAGUUACAUUUACUCUACUUGAUCUACAACCAUCCAUGGCCUAUUUUGUAAGAAUCACAACCAUAAGAGGCUCAGCACACAGAACUGUGUCUGAACUGGUUAGCUUCACAACUCCAGGUUGUGAACCAGACCCUCCACCUGCACCCAAACUAAUUAACCGAUCCAAGAGCAGCCUGAAUUUACAGUGGAAAGGUUCCAAUGAUAAUGGUUCCAAAAUAAAUGGCUUCCUUUUGGAAUGGGAUGAGGGCAAAGGUGAAGACUUCAAAAGUUGCUAUAUGGGUACCAUGAAACAGUACAAAAUCCUUAAACUAAAUGCUUCCACAAAAUAUUCAUUCAGAAUAGCUGCCAAAAAUAACUUUGGCUUGAGUGAUUUCAGUGAAAUAGCAGUUUUCCAUACAUCAGGAACUAUGCCUCCAACACCUUUACCUCCUAAGCUAAAAGAAGCAGGAAUCUGUUAUUUGUCACUAGAAUGGUGUGCUCCAACUAACACAAACCCAAAUGACAGUCUUACUUAUGUACUAGAAAUGGAGGAAGAAGGAUCUGGCUUGGGUUUUAAACCUAAAUAUAAUGGAGAAGACCUCUCAUGCACUAUAAGAAAUCUUCAGAGAAGUACUACAUACAAAUUUAGGAUUUUUGCCUACACUUUGGAAGGAAGGAGUAACCCCAGUGGAGAAGUAAAAUACACUACUUGUCCAGAUAAGCCUGGAUCCCCUAAAAAACCAUAUAUAAAGGGAAAGAUCUAUGCACACAGAGUAAAAAUUGGAUGGGAACCACCACAAGAUAAUGGUGGUACAUACAUUUCAAGUUACAGUUUAGAAGUUAGUGAAAAUUCAGAUGUGAAUUCCUGGAAGAUAAUCUAUAAUGGAACCACAAAGGAAUUUCUAUAUGAUCACCUGCAACCUGGUAAUACAUAUAAACUGAGAGUCUUUUGUACUUCACCUAUAGGUCAAAGCCAGCUUUCAGAUAUACUGACUACUCAAACACCUAAUCUUUCUCCUGCAUCUUGCCAUCCUCCACCCUUGAAUGGUGCGGCAAAGACCAGAGAAAACAACAUCAAAUGUGACAAUCCUCCUACUAAUGGAAACUCGGAAGCAUUUGCAAAUGUCAAAAAGGCAGAAGGUAACCAAGAUGACAAACGAAGGCAUCCUGGCUCCAAAGUGAGAUGCACAUCUGGAUCUCAUUCAAUGAAGUGUGAAAGUGCACCAGUUCCAAGCCCUCCUUCUCAAUGUGGUACACCUGUGGUAACCUGCAAGGGUCCAACCUGCAUUGCUGUUAGUUGGGAGAUUCCUGUAUGUAAUGGUGCCGAAAUCACAGAUUACAGACUAGAGUGGGGAAAAACUGAAGAAUCGAUGCACUUGAUAUAUACUGGCCCUUGUCUGAGCUAUGAAGUUAAAGGUCUCAUUCCUGCAACUACAUAUUUUUGCAGAGUUCAGGUAAUCCUAACAGUUAUUUCAAUGUAAACAAGAGAACAGUUAUUAACCUAUGCUACCCACAUCCAUAAUACUGGCACCAUUUCCAGUGUAGUGAAUAGAAGGGAGUCACAGAAUUCCAAAUGUUAAAUAUUCCUCAUGUUCAGCAACAUCAUUCUGAGCUUCUUCAUCUGGCAUUUAAAGCCCCCCCAUAAUCUGGAACCUACUUUUAUUCCAACUUGAUCUGCCAUUAUCUUUUCU